AUGGUCACCAACCCAUCGUUCAUGCUCAUUUCUAUUGCCAAGACGGCGUGCAUGCAUCUAGGCCUCCACAGGCCUGAGAUCCUCCAGGACUUCAACCGUGUCAAAUUCCGAGUUCUACCCGAACACGUGGAGGAAGCUGCUAAAGUCUGGGCUGGCUGUUGCAUCGCGGCUGAAAGCAUCACCUCCACAGAAGGCCAAAGCCCAUUGUUCGUGUCAACAGACCCGACUUUGAGCCUAGCUUGCGAUGAAGAAAAUAUUUACCACCUCCCUCAACAUCUGAGACAUGUUCUUGUGAUUCAACGCUUCCUCAACCGUGUAAACUGCUGCAUGACGGCGGAUACCACUACUCGUGGAGGGCGGUCGUCGGCGUAUGAAGCCGGAAUGCUUCUUGCAUCCCUUGAGGAUGACCUUCAUCAGCUUGAAAAGCAGCUGGGUAGUGAUACUACAGAGGUAUGUAACAUAUGGAUCUCCAGCGCUGCUCUGCAACUCCAGUCAUACUACUUCCUUGAGCCGCUUGAUUCGCCCACUCGAAAACAUGGCCUUCUGAGGGCCUAUCAUACGGCAACCAAACUGAUAUCGCAAAUGAAACACGCGACUGAGAAUGAAAAAUUCAGCACUUCUGCUCCUCACUACUUUGGACAGAUGGUGAAACUGUCGGCUCUGGUCGUAAUGAAAGUGUUGUUCUCGAGCUAUUCUCGAAUCUUGGACAUUGAUGCUGGAAAGAGAACUUUCAAUACCGCCAUAUCCAUGCAGCGGUCGAUGUCUGUGGAAAUCAACGAUUUCCCCUCUCGGGAUUGCGUAGUCCUGACUCACCUCUGGGCGAUUAAUCAAUCAUCUGCGAGCAAUCGCAAUGAAGAGCCUACAUUAAGGCUCAACACACGCCAUAGUGCCAGCGUGCUGCACGAUUCGCUUUGGGUUUGGCGGAACUAUUAUGAAGAAAGGGCAAUCAACACUGAACAUCUAGGACGACCACCACGGGUUCUUCCCUCACUAAUUCAACACUCUCCAGUCGCGACCAUGGAUACCCCAAAUAUCAAUGCUCUCUUCGAACAGUAUCCUACAGCUCAAAAUCGCGGGGUCGAACAGCAAUUAGGGACGAUUCAGGGCAUGCAGCAGCUGACUCCCACAAUGUCCUCUCAAGGCAUGUUAUCGAACAACAUAGUUGGAACAAACAAUGGUCUCAUGGCUCAGACCAACUCGAUGAUGAAUACUACUUCCCCUGACCCAUUCGACUUGAUGGGUAACUACAUGAUACCUGAAGCAGAGUCAAGCGGCAUGUUCUAUCCAAGUUGGAUGUGGGAUGCUGGCUUUUCUCUUCAGUCUUGA